AUGAAAACAAUGGCCAAGCGAACCAAGAAGGUUGGAAUUGUGGGAAAGUAUGGUACCAGAUAUGGUGCUUCUCUAAGAAAGACUGUCAAAAAGAUGGAAGAAGCCAUGAAAAGAAAAGCUGUUGGUAUCUGGAAAUGUAACAGGUGUUCUAAAACUGUUGCCGGUGCCCAGGUUAGAAGUGCUAUUCGUCGUCUAAGAGAAAUGAAAGAAAUUUAA